ACAACGGGUGGCACUGGUAAAGCCCCACAGGAUAACACACCCGAUGCGCGCCAAGCUCGCCGUGCCGGUCCCCUCGCCGGCGCCGCCGCGGCCGCCCUCCGUCACGUUCCGCUGCCUCCGCCCCAGAACACCACCCACCCGUGCGCCCGCCACACCCGCGCGCGCCCUUGGGAACGGCGGCGGCGGCGGCGGUGGCGGUAGCCCCCUGGGACGCGCAUGGCCGGGCGUCGCCGCCGCGCUCUUCGGCGCCGGGUUCGUCCUCGGCCCGCUCCUCGACGGCAUCCACUCCCGCGUCGGCCUCCAGCUCUACCACAACGGCGCCGUCGAUGUCGGCCCCCUCCACACGCACAUCCUGGUGCCGCCGCUGCUCGGAGCGUUCUACUCCACCGUCGGGAUGCUCCAGCUGUUCUUGGACGAGAGGGUGUCGCCGCCGGCGGCGGCGGCGGGCGGAUCGAAGGCCACCGGGAGCCCGCAGAAGACGGCGGCGUCGCUAGUGUUCGUCCAUGUCCAUGCUGUUCCUGGCGGUGUUCAUCGAGGCGAGCGCGGAGAUGUACAGGGCGGGGGUGCCCAGCAACGUGGAGGCGUACGUGCUGUUCGCCGGCGCCGAGCUCGCGUGGCUGCUCCUCGACGGCACCUGGCUGGGCUUCGCCGUCGCGUGCCUCGUCGGCACCGCCUGCCCCCUCGCCGAGAUCCCACUGAUCAAGUUGUUCGACUGCUGGAGCUACCCCAACGCCGACGUCCAGCUUCUUGGCGAGGGGAUCGUGAGCUGGACGACGACGUGCUACUUCGUGUACACGCCGUUCUUGGCGAACCUGGCGAGAUGGGUCAAGGCGGAGCUGGCGGUGGACGACGCAGCUCGGUGACGGUGAAAGCGAGCAAGAUCACACCACCAGCCAUGGUGUCCAACUGAUGUGUUCAUUCUCUGCUCGGAUCAGCCGCUGCCCACACUGGACAACACGCACCUGCAGGACUGAGACAAUUGCAGUGGAAAUCACGCAGAUCAAUGUAGAGAGAGAUAGUUGCUGAAUCUCUUGGGGAUCUGAACAUUUGACCUGAAGCUAAGGUGGGAUUAAGUUUCAUGGCCCAGAAUUGAUCUCUCUCAAGUCUCAAGUAAUCGACGUUCCCCAUCCGUACUUCUCGAUUUAACUCUGUCCUAAAUCAAAUACUUUUAACUUUACCAUCAAUUUAUAAAAAGUGAUAUAGUUUGACA